UGAUUGGCCACCUAAGAGAAACAAAGCUGCCCCCCUGCCAGGGGAAGAGACCCUUGUACCCCUGUCCCCCCCAGUUCGGCUCGUCCCUUGUGGUUAGCUGGCUGGCUGGCCAGGACCACCCCACUGUCAACAUCAUUUUGAGAAGCGUCGACCAGGGGGAGGGAUCUUGUGGGCUCAACGCCAAUGGAUCUGCCGGGAACUGCGUGGUGAUCGCCACCCUUUGACAGAAAGUUUGCUCGCCCGCAAGGCCCGGCAGGGACCAGGGACAGUGUGAGUGAGCGGCGGUGGUCUCCUGGGCGGUUGGCCGUACUGGCGGUUUUUGAUAAAGGUUCGAGUGAGCCGCUUGAUACCCUUUCAGUGAUGCUCACGAUUCUGUCUCACUCACUCGCUCUUGGAUUCCCAGCCAGCCCUGGAAACAACACAACAGCAACGUGUGUUGCCUUGCCUGUUCCUCCUUCCUGCCGCUCACUUUCUUUCUUUCGAGGCGUUGUGCCCCCCGCUGCUUGUCCUGUUUGCUGCUCCCGGCCGAGCGCUUACAAUAUCAUUCACUUUCUUGCGUCCCGUCGGCAUCGUCCAGCAACUACAAAGCAUCUUCCGUGCUCUUCCGUGCCUCAUUGUUGUGAACCCGCACGCUGUGCGUCACCCCGUGCCACCGACUCACCGCACUGGAGAGUCAUAGUGCCUGUCUUCCCCCGAGACCAAGACACGGCUCUCACAAACUAAACAUACUCUCAACAACGGCACAAAACAUCAACAACAAUGCAAUUCCGACACCUCACCACUCUGCUCGCCUUCGCGGGCGCAGCUCUGGCCCUCCCGACGGCGACCGCGCCUACCAAGACCAUGGGCAAGCGCGAGGCAACCCAGGUCUUGCUGGCCAUCAUGCCCAGCUCCAGCUCGUGUGAUGGCCGAGGCGAUGAGUGCCGCACUGCCGUCCAGGCCGCCUCUCACCUCGUCCAGGCCAUGACCAAGUACGGCCUGACCGAGCCCGUGGAGCAGGCCGGCGUCCUGGCCCUGAUAGCAUUCGAGUCAAGGGAGAUGCAGUACAAAAAGAACCUCGUCAACGCUGCCGCCGGUCAGGGCACUAGCAAUAUGCAAAUGGGUAGCUUCAACGUCCAGUACGCCAACAGCAUCCCAGAGCUCAAGGCCAAGAACCCCACCGAGUCCACCGUGCUAGACCUCGUCAUCGACGACGAGUACAACUUCGGCACCGGGCCCUGGUUCUACUCCACCCAGUGCCAGGAUGUCAAGUCCGCCGCCAAGGGCGACCCAGACGCGUUUUUCGACGCCUACAUGGGCUGCGUCGGCGUCAACCCGGACGAGGAGGGGCGCAGGCCGUACUUUGCGAGCGCCAAAAAGGUCUUCGGCCUUUGAGGCGCCCCGCUGUGUCGUCUAAUGUGGAGGCGUAUGCGAAUGAGGGAGAUGUGCCAGGGGCACGGGCGUUCGGGGUUUCGUUUUACGUUCCUGGGUUCUGCUUGAAAUGACCAGCUCUUCUGUGCGAGUUUGUUAAGUAUACCCAAAGAUUUACUCACUGAAUCUUUCGCAUCGGCGGUGGUGAGAGCAUGUUAAAACACUGAAUGGCCGGAUUAAAGGUGCAAGUGUGUGUCUUCGGGCACCGGCCGCAGACGGCGUGAAACACCGCAUUUCGGUAGGCGUUAGAUGGCACUCUCACUAUAUAAAGGUGCUUGAGGGCAAGAAGACUCCAUGCCCAGCCAGCUGCGAUGGCUCUGGUUCGCUCAGUAUCCGCUGCAACGUCGCCAUUCACUCACAUGCUUGCAGGGCUCCGAACUGUGUGAGCCCCUGGCCCUAUCACCAACACACCUCUUAUAAACCAACCGCAGCCGUACUCUCGUCAUCAUUCAAGCAACUAAUUGCCCAUUCUUCCACCAAAUGCCACGCUACAAAGAUCAAUGAUUUCGCGUGGUGAUUGUUGGGGCCAGCAUCGCCGUGCUGCCGAGCGGCGCCGGCACGCUCGACCUGGCUGCUAUCAUGAUUCAACAGUUGCUGGCAUAUUCCUUGACCGAGAAACCAGUGGCAAGCGUCUUGACUAGUGUAGGCAUCUCCAUCAAGUACAGUCUUCUCUUGACCAUUGCGGGGACGCUGGUCUGGUGUGUGAUCAACCCCGUAGAAAUGGAAAGAGUGGGGCCCAUUAGAAGGUGGACGUUGAAACGUGUAGGCUAGCUCGUCGUUGGAUGUGCUGCUGUUGGGCCUGGGGCAAUAUUGGCUGCCCUUUGUAAAUGAGGGAGAGGGAGAC